AUGAACUACACGAGGAAGAGAGCCCUUCUCGCCUGCGACUUCUGUAGACAUCGGAAGCGGCGGUGCGAUGGAAACCACCCUUGCUCUACCUGCCUCGAGGCAGCGGCAGACUGCAUCUACAAAGAGCUCCCCGUGGAUCGCGUCGAACCCUCAUCCUCGUCCCAGGGAGUGGUCGCCGAGAGACUGAGCCGGAUAGAAGCGCUGUUGGAAGAGCAGGGGCAGAGAUUGAACGACAUGGCACGGGGAGAUCACUACGCUUACACCUCGACUCCCGCCUCGUUCCCGUCCUUCCGCUCUUCCCCUCAGAUCCCAGCUGCCUCGCCCCUCUCCGUGUCCAAUCGAUCGCUGGAAGCUGCGGACGUAAGCUUUGAGAGCGCCCAGUUCCUGAUUCCCCCUGGCCACACGGCGACCUCUAUCUGGCUCCUGUCACUCCCAGCCAUCCAGUCUGUGAUAGGGGAUUCUCCAAGGACCUACUUUCACGAGCUUGAGGAGAGCACACCGCUCCCCCGUCCCCUGGAUCUCGUCAACCCUCAGCCCGUCAACUGGCCCUCAUUUGCGCCCGAGCUACUGCAGAAGCUCGCUGACGCAUACUUCAGGGAUGUCUCGCCACACCUGCCCCUACUCUCCCGGCUGUACUACGAUAUCCUCCAGAAUGAUCUCUUGGAAAACGGGCCGACAGAAGACAUCGAAACCGCCAUCUGCCUCUGUAUCUGGGCCCUGGGCUCCGUGGCGUCCAAUUCAACGGACGCUGCUGUUCCAGAACACGAAACGGAUCCUGCUAUAGACCUCGGGAUGGACUUUUUCCAACCCGCCCUGAGGAUUAUCCUUUCCAAGUCUAUAUGGGGGUUCACACCCAACCUAAAGGUCUGCCAGGCUCUGUUCCUGGCCGGGACGUACUUCUCCUAUUUGGGGUCGACCGCUUCAUUCUUGGAAGAUGAUCUACACUGCGGGCCUCUCUAUCGCAGCCAACUACGACUUCACGCAAACGGAACAGUUUCCGAACGAGCCAGAACAAUACUAUGA